AUGAAGAUCGAGGAAUUGGAGGAGGCGGAGUGUGAUCGGAGCGACGGCGUUUCCGGGAGGCAGAUAGUUAGGGUUGAUGACGCCAAGAGAGCGCUAGUCGGAGCCGGGGCCCGGAUCCUUUUCUACCCGACCCUGUUGUAUAAUGUGCUUCGGAACAAGAUCGAAGCUGAGUUCAGAUGGUGGGACGAAGUUGACCAGUUUGUUCUGCUCGGUGCGGUUCCAUUCCCCAAAGAUGUUCCCCAGUUGAAGCGACUGGGUGUUGGCGGUGUUAUCACUCUCAAUGAACCUUAUGAAACUUUGGUUCCAACUUCCUUGUAUCGUGCCCAUGGAAUUGACCAUCUAGUAAUCCCGACACGUGAUUAUCUCUUUGCUCCUUCGUUUGAAGAUAUUAGCAGGGCUGUGGAAUUCAUUCACUUAAAUGCAUCUUGUGGUAGAACUACUUAUGUUCACUGUAAAGCUGGUCGGGGAAGGAGCACAACUAUCGUGCUUUGCUAUUUGGUGAAACACAAGAACAUGACACCGUCUGCAGCCCUGGACUAUGUGCGCUCUAGAAGACCUCGUGUGCUGCUGGCCCCCUCACAGUGGAACGCUGUUCAAGAAUAUAGCAGAUGUAAGCCAGCUACCACAGCAUGUUCUCCGUCAGGAGAUGCAGUUCUAAUUACCAAAGCUGAUCUUGAAGGCUAUUAUGGCACAUGUGACGAUAAUGCUUGUAAGCAGUUGGCAAUAGUUCCUAAAAUGGUGAAGGCCAGUCCCAUGAUAGCUAGGUUAUCCUGCCUUUUUGCAUCCCUGAAAGUUUCUGGCAGUUGUGGACCAGUCACAAGGCGGUUGACUGUGCCAGAGUCACGUGCUUGCUGA